AUGAAGACUGACAAAGAAGACGUGCCUCACUACACGCUGGCCAACGGCUGCCCAGCCACAAAACCAGAGCGGCCUCUACGUGCUGGCGGGAAUCUGCUCCUCCAAGAUUCGCAUCUCAUCGAAAUGCUCACGCACUUUAACAGAGAGCGAAUCCCGGAACGAGUUGUCCACGCAAAAGGCGCUGGUGCGUAUGGCGAGUUUGAAGUAACUCACGACAUCUCCGACAUUUGCAGCAUCGACAUGCUCCUCGGCAUAGGCAAGAAGACGCGGUGCAUCACACGCUUCUCAACCACCGGAGGCGAACGAGGCACCGCCGACGCCGUCCGAGACCCUCGCGGCAUGGCAACCAAGUUUUUUACUAGUGAGGGCAACUGGGACUGGGUUUAUCUCAACGUGCCCUUCUUCUUUGUGCGCGAUCCCCUCAAGUUCCCCGGCCUGAUGCACGCGCAAAAGCGCGAUCCGCAGACCAACCUGCCGAACCCGAACUCGUUCUGGGACUGGGUGGCCUGCAACCACGAAUCGCUGCACAUGGUGCUCUGGCUGUACAGCGAGUACGGGACCUUCAACAGCUAUCGCCACAUGAACAGCUACAUGGGCCACGCGCACAAAUGGGUGAAGCCAGACGGCUCGUACCGCUACGUGCACAUGUAUCUCCAAGCUGACGCUGGGUACGAGUUUGCUUCGGGGCCGCAGAUGCAAAGGACAAGCGGCAUCGACCCGGACCAUGCGACUCGCGAUCUAUAUCACGCUAUACGCACGGGUAACUAUCCAACCUGGACGGCCUACGUGCAGGUGAUUGAGCCCGAGGACGCGCCCAAGUUUGGCUACAACAUCCUCGACAUCACCAAGCACUGGGACAUGGGCACGUACCCCAAGGAUCUGGGAACGGUGCCGGCUCGGCCGUUUGGAAAGCUGACGCUGAACCGCAACCCGGACAACUACUUUGCAGAGGUUGAGCAGCUGGCGUUUUCGCCGUCGCAUCUGGUGCCGGGCAUUGCGCCGUCGGAAGACCCUGUGCUGCAGGCGCGCAUGUUUGCGUAUCCUGACGCCCAGAGACAUCGGCUGGGCGUCAACUACCAGCAGAUUCCGGUAAACCGGCCGCUGUGUCCGUUUAACCCGCUCCAGCGCGAUGGACGAGCAGCUGUGGAUGGAAACUAUGGCUCGCGCGCGGGAUACUUGCCGAGCGAUUGCCCAAUGACGUUUAGAGAAAGAUACCAAACCAAGUGGGAUGCUGCUCUUGAGCCAGUUGUAAAUGACGAGUCCUUGUCGGAAGUCUCGGAGCUGGAUUACAAGUUUCCUCGGACCUUCUGGACACACCUGGACGAUGCGGAGCACGCAGGAUGGCAAGAUAAGUUGGUAGACAACUUGGCGCAGUCCAUCUGCCAGGCUGAUACGCGGGUGAGAGAGAACAUGUAUACAGUAUUCGGGCUGGUUGACCACGACUUGGCCAGCAGGGUUCGAGACAAGACCGAGCUGUUGGUGGUCAGGGCGAGUAUGGUGCCUCGUCGUGAAAGUGGCUGCAGCCCAAAGUUGUAG